AGCGCGGUCCAAUAAUUUGUCUGUCUGGUUACGGACAGAGAGCGUGAGAGCUUGUCGGGGCCCAAUCAGCGCUUUUGUAUUGCCUGCCAGUGCAGGGGACUGACUGGUUGUGAGGAUUUACUGCAGCGCCCCAGGAUCCCAAAGCCAAACCCGAAGCCAGUGGAACCUGCGGGGUGAAGGCGAGUCAGUCCAUUAUGGAGCGACUGAAUGAGGAGGCGGUGCGGCUGAGCCUGCUGAAGCGAGGCCUGGACUCCUCCUCGCCUGCAGGUGGCGCCACGAGCAGUGAGCGAGACGAGCUGCUCUCCAAACGCAUCAAGAUGGAGGGCCACCAAGCCAUGGAGCGCCUCAAGAUGCUGGCCUAUCUGAAACGCAAGGACCUGGCCAGCCUGGAGGGGGGAGUGUUGGGAGGGGUCUCAGGAGGUGGGGCUCUAGGGGGUGAGGUCAAGGGUCAUGGGUCUUCAGGGGGAGGGGCUUAUGAGGAGAAGACCAAUGGGAGCCUCCGUGGUCAAGUUGUGGGAGCCCAUGGCAUGGUGGGAAAGAGCGGGAAGGAGAACAUGGGCGAGGAGCCGGUGGAUUUCAGCGCCCGGAGAGGUGACGUUGACCGGGAGCGACACACACCCUCCCCUGAUGUGAUCGUUCUGUCAGACAAUGAGGCGUCCAGUCCAAGAGGGCCCAGCCAAGGGGAAGAACGCCUGAGGGUAGCGAACCUGGAGAUGUUUAAGGGUAAGACAGGGGAGGAGAGGCAGAAGAUGAUCAGGGCUCUGAGAGAGGAGCUGAGGCUGGAGGAGGCCCGGCUGGUGCUGCUGAAGAAGCUGAGGCAGAGCCAAAUGCAGAAGGAGAACCUGGUGCAGAAGGUCCCUGUGGUCCAGAACACAGCGUCUGCCCUCCAGAGCGGUGCCGUCCACGGGGCUCAGAGCAUGAGCAAGAUGUCUGGCCGCCCUGGCCACCACACCCCAGAGCCCCAGAACCAUCGCACUGCACAGGGUCACUCAGUGAUCAGGUCAGCCACCAACAGCUCCAUGUCUCAGAUGAUGAUGUCACAGAGCAGGGUGAUAGCGCCCAAUCCUGCCCAGCUGCAGGGCCAGAGGCUGGCACAGCAGAAGCAGGGUGGCAUGCGCUCCUCGACUGGCAGCUCUAACAACGCCGUUAGCUACCAGCAGCAGGUGGCAGCUUCUCAGCGCUCUGGCUCCUCCUCCUCCUCGGCCAUCUACAUGAGCUUGACCCACAUGCAGCCACACACAGCCCAGGGGGGGACAUCGGUGGGCUCUUCCAUGGUAGACACAGCCAGUAGCCAGGCGGCCGCCAAGCUAGCCCUGAGGAAGCAGUUGGAGAAAACCCUGCUGGAGAUCCCGCCUCCAAAGCCACCGGCACCGCUCCUCCACUUCCUGCCGUCAGCGGCCAACAGCGAGUUUAUCUACAUGGUGGGCCUGGAGGAGGUUGUGCAGAGUGUCAUUGACAGUCAGGGUAAACUGCGUUUGCCCUCCUCCAUGGAACCCUUUUCUUGUGCCCAGUGCAAGACGGACUUCACCCCUCACUGGAAGCAGGAGAAGGGUGGGCGCAUACUCUGCGAGACCUGUAUGUCAUCCAAUCAGAAGAAGGCACUGAAGGCCGAGCACACCAAUAGGCUGAAGAACGCCUUCGUUAAGGCUCUACAGCAGGAGCAGGAGAUUGAGCAGAGAAUCCAGUUGCAAGCCGCUCUUGCCACCAGUUCAGCUCAAACUGUUCCAAGCGUCAGUAAGGCUGAGUCCAUGAGCAGACAUCACACACACAGACAGGCGCCUCAGCCCCAGGUGACCCAGUCACAGGCCUCCCUCCAACGGGGUAUGUCUGGCUCAGCCCGGGGUGUUCUGUCUAACUUCGCCCAGGCUUCCCAGCUCUCAGUGGCCAGCAGCCUGCUGGGCAUGACUGGAAAGCGCAGUGGACAGCUGAGCACUAGUGGGCACAGCCGGGCACAGCAGCAGCAACAGCAGCAACAGCAGCAACAGCAGCAACAGCAGCAACAGCAGCAACAGCAGCAACAGCAGCAGCAGCAGCAGCAGCAGCAGCAUCACGACAACCGCCGCCAGCUCUACAGCAUCCCUGGGGUGAACAUUGCCUACCUGAACCCAGGCAACGUGGUCGGCCACAAGGGGUCGAGCCUGGCUGACCGCCAGAGGGAAUACCUGCUGGACAUGAUCCCGCCUCGCUCCAUAUCCCAGUCCAUCAGCGGACAGAAAUGAACCUCACCCCGCCCGACGCAAUACCACAGCCCUUCCCCACACCACACCCCAACCCCCAUCGCAUGCAGUGCCUGUUAGUGUGCCUACCAAACUAACCUGUAUGAAGAACACAAUCAACGAGUCAAAAGAGGCCACCAAACUCUGAAAUGACUUUUCAUUUGAACGUGAUGCAAACCCCUUUUAAUUCCUCUUGUUAUUAAUAUCGUCAUUAGUGCUAUGGAUGUUGUUACUACAUUGCCGCUACCAGUUAUGAGCGUGCCCAUCUUUGUGGAGAACCCCUGUCUUUAUAUGCUUGUGGCAGUGUCCCGAGUGUGGGGUGUCUUUUGUUUUUGAUUUAUGCGCUUGUUUUUGAAGCAAUAUUUUGUCUCGCUUGAGCUUUCCUUACCGGACUCAAGUCUUUGUUAUGUCGGGAAUUACCAAGCUAUCUUUUUGAGAACUGCACCACUCUCCAAUCCCUGCUCUUAGUCUGAUUUAUGAUUUCAACCAUCACUCUUGUUUUUCCACAUUUGGUUGUGAAUUGUUGGAGGAGGAAUUCUACCAGCCCGGCCAAACCUUUGUUUUAAAAAGGUGAUUGUGAUGGUUUAACUUUGACCUGAAUAUGUCAAGCCUUUGAGCUUGAGCUUUCUUCAAAGAUUUGUGGGGAGAAAAGAGGAUGUUUGAGACCCUGGAGUUGUCUGGAGCAAUGCUCCUCUAACUGAUUGUUGAAACAAGCAAGGAUGGAUACAUAUCCCACAAAGAGAGAGCCCAAUGCACCAUCUGGACUUGGAUUGGAUGCACCGCUGAAAAAAAUACUACUCCCAUUGUACAUGAAGGCAUAGAAACUGAACCUAUAGCAGAGUUGCCCUGUAUCCUUUCACCUUUUCAUUUGAGGCAGAUGGGGGGUGGGGGGGCUGUAGUUCAGAAGUUAGUAUCCUAAAGCAUAUAUAAUUGAUGGGGUAUUGAUUGGAGAUAUCAUUUAGAGGGUUUUGAUUGGCAGAGAGAUCAUGUGAUCGUACGUAAUUGGCUGAGAGAUCAGGUGAUACGGUUGUUAUUUAAUUGGAGAGGAUACAGGUAUUGGAUUUGGUGGGAGGGAUCAUCCUUAGACUGAAAAUUGAAGGGGUUUCCAAUAGGACCAUGGUUUGUACUUAUUUAGGAGUGGGAAUGAGGGGGGGGGGGCACAGGUGUUGACCCCUCUCUCCCCUGUUUUCAUCUCCUAGCUAAUAGGAUUUGCUAUUGUUCACUCUACCCUGUCAUUCAAAGUUCUGGAUUCCGUUUAGAUACUAUUUGAACUUUCUUAUGUCAACAUUAUCCCCAUGGUGUCUGGGAGGCAUUUGAAAACGGUCAGGGAGAGUGGCUAGCUAUUAGCUUUAAGCCUGCUCUAAGCUAUUUAGAUGUUUGGUGUCUUCUGAAGUGUUAGUGUAUCUGAAAGGUACUUUGCACAGGAGACAAUAAAUAAAUACAGAAUGACAAAUGCAACUUGAAUAUUUACAUAAAUCAAACAGUUAUAUAGGAGACAUAUACAGGAUAUACAGUAACAGUCAAAAGUUUGGGCACACCUACUCAUUCAAGGGUUUUUCAUUGUUGUUCUACAUUGUAGAAAAUAGUUAAGACAUCAAUACUAUAAAAUAACACAUGGAACCAUGUAG